GUUGGAGGACGCGCGGGGAGUUGGUUGCCGGCGGUUUGUUUCAAGGACGCAGCAGCCUCCGCGAGUGAUCGCCGCCGGCGUCCGUCCGGCCGGCCGCACUUCGCCCGCCGCCGCCGCGCUCGCCGCCGGGGCUCUAAGCCCGCCGCUCUCCUCAGUAUAAACAAUGCCUCGGCUGCUGAUCGACACUCGCCACCUGUUGUGAAUGUGAGCUCUGAGAAAUACCAAAAAUUUCCGCCGACACCAUGUGGCUCUUAACUUUGUUGUGCGUCUUUAUCGGUGUCGUGACAACUGUGAGUGCAAGUAACGAUAACGAUACGGUGGGUUUUCGAAAGUGCUGCCCAAAAAACAAAAGUCUUGUAAAAGUGUCAAUAACCGAUACGGCCGGACAUGAAUUUGAUUGUGUUGACAGUGAGAGUGCUGUAGAAAAGUACAAUAUUACAAAAUUUUCUCGUUUAAUAACUUCUGAAGAUGUAGCCAUUCAUCAUGGGAUGCCUGCGAACUGUAGUGAAUUACAGAUGAUGCUCACAAACGAAUCCGAACUGGAGUUUAAGGCUGAAGACAGCAUUUGUUACGACAAGAUAAUCGCUGAAGUUUUUAACGGAACUAUUCAAAACAUUCCAAAAGUUAUAGCAUUAGCAUGUAAUGAACCUGAAAAUCAAACAAAAUCGAUGUUUGAAUUAAAUCAUAUUCGUAAAUGUUGUCCGGAAGGAAAAGCUUACGAUGUCGAGCAUCAUAAAUGCCGGGAUAUAUUGCAGAAAAAUACUGUUGAAGGGCUGUUAAGAUGGUUGAAUGUGAAGCGGAACUCUGUAUACGAUGUGGACAUUGGUUUGAGGUGUAAGCGCGAGGAGUUUGCCGUGGAGUUGGUCGAGGGGAAGUUCUCGUUUGGUGUGGAUGGGAGUGUGUUGGAUGUGGCUGGGAAGGGGCGGGUGCCGUCGGAGGAGUGGUGCGUAGAUCGCGACUACGCUGGACCCAUGCUGGUGGCGCGCGUAUGCACCGACGACUGCGCCAAUUACGACGCCUACUGCCUCAAGAAGUGCUGUCCUAUAGGCUACCAUUUUAAGGCGUUUUCUUGCACUUCCUUCCGGAGCGCCUGUGUGCCUGAUGAUGACAGCAUAUUAUUUGACACGUCUUCAUACCUCGACGACCUGAAGAACGAUUACGAUGACAUCGCAGAUGUAGUAGGCUUGGGCAUUGGCAUUAAAUGUCCGGCGGGCAAGUACGGGUUGAACAAGUCCUUGGAGAUCGACAAUCACUGGCUGACAAGAGACGGCAAAUUGAUGGGCAAGCAGUUCGAACAGAACCUGUUCUGCUUCGAGACCUUCGACUGGCGCGACUGUCCGCAGAAUAACAUCGAGGUGACUGCUGUCGGCUGCUUCAUCCCCAACGUUACCAGGAACUUCAAGUUUUCCGCCGUGGCAAACACCCUGUCAGCGGUGUUCCUACUCAUCACAGUGAUGGUGUACUGCUGCUUACCGGAGCUGCACAACCUGCAUGGCCGCACGGUCAUAUGUCACGCCGGCACCAUGCUGGUGGCGUACUCUUGUCUCGCCAGGGUACAGUUUGAUAAGGUCGGCGAACCUGCACUCUGCAAAUUCUUAGGGUAUGGGAUCUACUUCGGCUUCGUGGCGGCGUUCUUCUGGCUCAACGUCAUGUGCUUCGACAUCUGGUGGACAUUUGGGUCUGUCCGUACGGUGCAGUCGAUGCGCAAAGCCAGCGCCGAGCGUCGUCGGUUUGCGUGGUACUCGUUGUAUGCGUGGGGCAUGACGCUGCUGCUGACCCUCAUCAUGUUCCUGCUGGACUGGCACCACGUCUCCGAUCUGCUGGACGCCAACAUCGGCAGGGAUCAUUGCUGGUUCAGCAGCGUUCAAAACCAGCACACGGACUGGCCGCACUACAUCUUCUUCGUGGUGCCGAUGGGUAUUCUGACAAGUGUGAACUUGAUCCUGUGGGUGCUGACGGCGCGGCACUGUGCACGAGUCAAGUCGGAGGUGCACCGUCUGCAGGCCGGCUCCGUGGGCGACCGGGCCAAGUCACGCUUCCGCAUCGACCGAGCUAAGUACUUAUUAACCGGCAAGUUAUGGGUAGUGAUGGGAGCAGGAUGGAUUUCUGAACUGAUAUCGACACUGUUCAGCGAGCCCCAGUGGCUGUGGUCGGUGGUCGAUCUUAUCAAUGAGCUUCAAGGAGUCUUCAUAUUCCUCCUCCUCGUGUUCAAGCCAAAGGUUUACUUCCUCAUCAAGAAGAGACUCGGUUGCACAAGACCAACAAUAGACACAAGGUUGGUGAAGCCGGACGCGCAGAACAAUGGUGUGUCCUCGGGGCGUACCUCCUCUACCUUCCUCUCUCGAACCAUCAGCAGCGACGAGCGAGCCACACUUCGGGUCUCGCUUCCCAAUAACGACAUCAAAAACGAAGUCAAACGCGCUUGAUCUUGCUUCUACAGUUAUAUUUAACACGUUCACUGGAAAUCAGAUAACGAUCCCUCACGUGCACAUUGGAAACACAUUGGAAUUCAGGCACAUAGACAUUACACACUAUGACAGGAAAAAACAAUCUGAAAAGCCUCCCGUCACAUUUUCCUAUUUUCCCUAGUGCCCCACAUAUGGGUCUUGCACGUAUGAGUUUCAAAUUUAUUUCCUCAUAUGUGGUUCAUAUAUAGUGAACGUGUUAACAUUGCCUGUCAACAAUAACCAAGUGUAAUCAAUGAAAUAAUUAUUUAUACUUAUCAGUCCUUUUGUUACACUAAAUGAGUUACGUUUUGAUAAAUAAUGUACAUACUAUUAGAAAUCACACUUACUUACAGCUUAUGAUUGUGCAUGAUAACCAAUUAAGACUAUAUUUAAACAUUCAAUUGUGAGAAAUUCACGUUUAAAAAUAUGUAUGUACUUAAGUCACGAUAACGCAUAUUAAUAGUUAAACACUUUUAUAUCGGCAUCGGUUUACCGCAUUUAUUAACUGUGCUUAAUUUAAAAAAAUAUUAGAAAGAAUAGGCAUCUCAUAAGCUUUUGGCACUCGUAUAAAGUCAUCUAGUCAUAGGAUAAGUAUCGUAUUGAGAACAAAUUAUUAAUAUCGCUUUUGAAAAUAAGCUUUAAUUAUCUGUUUUGACAAUAUUUUGUAUUUUAAUUUUCUAUGCUAGAAAUAGUUCACCAUAAUUUGUAAAUAUAGGUAUUUAGUCUAUCGUACAAAUUAUAAUUACUUACUUGGGUAUUUACGAUUUAUUUUACUUCAAUAACGCAUCUCGUUAUUUACUCGGUCCACUGACCCAGACAAGCGAUUAAACUCAAUUUCGUUAAAAGUUAAAUGAAAAAUGUCUAAAGUGUCAACAAACAGUACUAACUGCAUUAAAUAAAAUUGAUUAAAAAUUAUAUUGUAUUCCACCUAUAAUAAUACGAUAAAUAUUAAAACAAAUUAAUAGCAUGUUAUGUUUACGUUAUUAAAACAAAUUAGUGAUAAAAGUAUUAUAAAAAUGUUUAACCAUUCCAGGUAGCACCUUGUUUUACGUAUAUGAUUUUUUAAGUAGUUAUGGUACAUAAUCUUAGUUUUUAGGUUGUUGAUAUAAUCUUAAUUUAAAAAAAAGUACAAUGUGAAGGCGUGUAAAGAUUAUAAUUUGAUUAGUUAAUUAUUUUCAAACACCAAUGUUAUCGCAUUUUGAAUAUCUUAUGACUUCUACCUGUUUGCUUACCCCGGUGGGAAAUAUGCGUUAGAGAUUAUGUGUGUACUAGCUUAUGUAUGAAUGUAAAGUUUUUAACGAAAUUUUCACCUCCGGUUUUAGGGAAAUGGGGGGUUAAAAAGAGACAAAAGGUGACCUAUCUCACUUUCUAUCCCUUCAACUAUCUCUACUUAUAAAAUCACGUUAAUUCGUCCCUCCGUUUUGCUGUGAAAGACGGACAAAGAUACAGACAGACACACAUACACUUUCCCAUUUAUAAUAUUAGUAUGGAUGUAUGACUUAUACCUUAAGCUUGACACUGUAGUAAGCCACAUAUAUCCUGGAUCAUAUAUUCAUUUUUAGCUUUAUAAAUCUAUGGUAAGAGAGUAUAUUCGAAGACGUUAUAUUUCUUACAAAAUACUGAGAUUAAGUCACUUUUGGAAGUACUUACAUAAUAUGUAUAUCUUGAUUUUGUAUUCAGCGACGUGAAAAGAUUAAUUAAACUCACUGCAUUUACUUUCAUGGACUAUUGAGCACAAAACGUGAUGAAUUCAUUUAAAUGUAUUAGUGUAUUUCUGCGUAUGAAAAACACUGCCUCACAAUUUGUAUUCUUUAGCAAUAAGUAACGCUGGAUUGUUCCAGGACAAUAUGAAUUACAUAGUUACAUUUUA